AUGACUCUCUCUUGGAUCAUCCUGGCCUUGGCCACCUCCGUUGUAGCCCUACCAUCAGGCCCCACGCCCACCAUCAACCAACUUAUACAUAACCGUCAAGCUUCAGUAACUACGCCAGCAACAUCACUUCCCACGGGAGACUUCAUUGAAACAAAAUUUAUUACCAUACCCGGUGUGACAAACAGUCACGUCACAAUCCCAGCAAAGACAAUAGACAUCGCCAUUCCUACCUGUGUUCAAACUGUUGAGCCGGAUGCCAACGGUUAUGUUCCACCUGGAGAAUGCGGCGCCUUAUGGAAUUACUAUCCCAGCUUUACCGCGGCCAUCAUCUUUGCCGUUUUGUUUGGCGUCUUGACCGGCGUACAUAUCUGGCAGGCAGCCGCACAUAGGAAGAAAUGGUGUUGGGUUAUCAUCAUGGCGACUAUUUGGGAAACGCUCGCCUUCAGCUUCCGGGCCAUCAGCACCAAGUUCCAACAAAGUAGCGGCGUUUAUCUCGUUUUCCAAAUCUUCAUCUUGCUUGCGCCACUGUGGGUCAACGCCUUUGCAUACAUGACCCUCGGUCGAAUGAUCUACUUUUUCCAUCCGUCCCGCAGCCUCCUCCGCAUUCCUGCCUCUACGUUUGCCGCGAUUUUUGUUGGUCUCGAUGUCAUCUCCUUCAUUAUCCAGCUUGUUGGAGGAAGCAUGGCCGGCCCUACCACUCCUCCCGAGGAGCAGAUGCGUGCGAUUCACAUCUACAUGGGCGGCAUCGGCCUCCAGGAGUUCUUCAUCCUCAUCUUUGUUGCUCUUGCUUUCACCUUCCAGCGCGAUAUGAAUCGAAUCGGAAGCCUUGCGGGAAAGCAAUCUCAAGCAUGGAAGCCGCUCAUGUGGGCGCUUUACUUUUCGCUAGGCAUGAUCACGGUUCGAAUCAUUUACCGAUUAAUCGAGUUUUCGUCAGGACACGGGAUGAAUAAUCAACUGAUUACUCAUGAGGCCUAUUUCUACGCUCUCGAAGCAGUGCCAAUGCUGCUGGCGAUUGCCGUGUUCAAUGUGGUUCACCCCGGCGCGGUGUUCAACGGGCCUGGCUCCGAAAUGCCGGGCCUUUUUGGGUCAGUCAAGAGCGCGUUGGCUAGGAGAAAGGGGAGAGUACCCUUGAAAGAGUCAACUGAAGAGCAAGAGCUUACAAAGAGGAGGUCUUCUAGCCCUUGA